AUGUUGAUGAAAAAAGUUAUUUUUUGGACCUUUAUGUCACUUAUAAGUGUCCAUAUUCAUGGUCAAAUUUUGAUACAUUCAUUUGAUAGCAGCAAAAUAAUUGAAGUCGUGUUGGAAAUCGUUGAGCAAUGUAAUACAAUUUAUGCAAACAGUUUAAUGCUUGCUGGCGCUUUUGACAGCCAUGACAUUCAGAGAUUUGCUAACAUAAGGCCAGUCAUUUGUUUUGACGAACACUCGGAUCAUUCGUUAAUCGAGAAAAGGAGCAAUCAAGUGAACAUCGAUCACAUAAAAACCACCUUAAUUUCAACGGAUUCAACGUCGGGGUUGCAAAAAAUGUUACAUCAAAUAAAGAAAUCAAAAUGGUGGAAUUCGUUUGGGCAUUUCAUUAUUUUGGACAAAUCAAAUGGACCCCAACACUGCGAUCAGGCGAGCGAAUUUUUGGAUAUCGCCUGGAGAAUGGAUUUGAUCAACACGGUUUUCAUAUGCGUUAACUCUGAAGACAAGGUCAUUAUUUACAAUUAUAAUCCGUAUAAUAACUGGACAAUGAAUGGCUGGACAUUGGAUAACGUCAUAACCAAAUCUGACAAUAAUAAUUGGUUCUUGUACGAACGAGAUUCUGCUUCAGCCAAUUUUAGUAAUUGUGAUGAGGUGUUCUUUGACAAGACUCUCCAUUUGGGCAACUACACUGGAAUAAGGGCGGCGACAGCUCUUCCUAAUGAAAAUAAAUGUGAUAUAUAUCGCGAUUACAAUAAAAGUAUAGCAAAAAAAUUUGACGUUUCGAUGGCUAAAAUGUUGUUCGAUAAGUUAGGUGUCCCGUUUAAUUAUAGUUGCAGUUUUGAGCAUAGUGGUCUCAAUUCGAAAGGUUUACAUUAUGGAAUAGUUAAAGAUCUCGCGGAUAACAAGUACGAUAUAAUGCUAAAUUACCGCUUUAGCUUAUACUCAAAUUCAACAGAAGCAUCUGCAAUCGUUUGUGAAAGUGGUUUUACAUUUGUCGGCAAUGAUCGCGGAUUUAUUUCAAUUUUCGAGGCGAUGAUACGUUUUUUCCGACCAUGGUUUUUGAUCGCUACCGCUGUUGUCAUGUUGAUAGCAAUAAUAACUCUGAGAGUUACUAUUGAACCAACUAUUUCAUCAGCAACACUUCAAGUAAUUAGUUUGUUACUCGGUGAUUCUCUCUCGGAAGUUCCAACUCGCUCUCCACCGCGAAUUAUUCUUGCAACAAUAUUUUUCUUCGUGCUUAUCUUUCAAACGAUCUUUAACAGUAACAUUCUGAAAUUUAUUAUGGAACCGACUACAAAUAAUUUGCAAACAUUUAGCGAAUUAGAAGAGAAGUCUGAUUUUGAUCUUUACUGCGUUCGAGGGUUUCAAAUGACUUUAAGUCCUGAGGUUUCAAAACGUUGCACCAUUAUCAAUAACACAUGCACUAUCCUAUCCAAUACAACAAACUCUGUUUGUGUCUAUGAACAGUAUUUGAACCUCGGUUUUGCCAAACAGUUUAACUUGUACACUUCUCAAGAUGUUGUUAACAAACGAUACUUAAUCUAUCGAAUGCGGAAAAAUUGGCCACUGAGUAGACGAGUCAAUAGCAUAUACACUCGGCUUUUCGAAAGUGGAAUUCCUAAAUAUAAUUUGGAACGUGCGGUUAGAAAAAUUUCAAAAACGGUUCACGUUAAUAAAGAACAUCGAGCUCUUGAAAUCGCUGAAAUGCUUUUCGUAUUUGAUAUGUUGAUGAUUGGAUCUGCUAUCGGGUUUCUCGUACUUUUUCUUGAAACAAUCGUGAAGGCUAUUCGUAACAGACGACGCAGGCAAUAUGUAGUUGAACCUCAACAAUUACCCAUGCCAGCCAUCGAAGGGUAA